CUUGAAUUGUUUUUUUCUUUGGACUAUCAUCUAGUCAUCCGCCCCUGAACCGACAUAAAAAAAAAAACCGGUGUUGCUAGUCUGUUAGACGAGCCCUUUCCUUUCGUUCUUCUGGGUAAACAAGUCGCUACUUUUCUUGAUCCAAUUAUUCUGCGUUCUCCCUCAUUCUAAUAUCACUAAUCGCGCCCUGAUAUCUUCCGAUUCCUCAAUCAAAAUUCCAAUACAUAUUCCACCUGAGUUUCGAGCAAUCAGAUCGCCAUUGUUGCCUCCAUUGAAGUUGAAGCUCACCUCAAUUUUGAAGUUUGUGGUUACUUCCAUUGAUUAUACAUUUGUUUGAGUAUUCAAUUGAAGGAGAUCAAAAUGAUGGUGGAAGACCUAGGCGUGGAAGCCAAAGAAGCAGCUGUGCGCGAGGUUGCUAAACUUUUGCCUGUUCCGGAGCUUCUGCAAUCAAUUUCUUCGAUCAAAGCUGAUUACAUUUCCCGUCAGCAGGCAAAUGAUGCUCAGCUCAGCACUAUGGUUGCUGAACAGGUUGAACAAGCACAAUCUGGACUUAAAUCACUUUCCUUGUCUGAAAGAACAGUUAACCAUCUUCGAGAAAACUUUGUUUCCAUUGAGAAACUAUGCCAGGAAUGUCAAACACUGAUAGAUAAUCACGAUCAGAUAAAGCUACUUAGCAAUGUGAGGAACAACUUAAACAAGACUCUAAAGGAUAUUGAGGGAUUGAUGUCCAUAUCUGUUGAAGCAGCUGCGGCACGAGAAUCACUAAGUGAUGAUAAAGAGCUUAUCAACACAUACGAGAGAUUGACAGCUCUUGAUGGAAAAAGGCGAUUUGCAUUAGCUGCUGUUGCAUCUCACAAAGAAGAGGUUGGAAGAAUAAAAGAAUAUUUCGAAGAUGUGGACCGAACAUGGGAGACAUUCGACAAGACUUUAUGGGGUCACAUUGGCAACUUCUAUAAACUUUCCAAGGAGAGUCCACAAACCCUUGUUCGUGCAUUAAGGGUUGUUGAAAUGCAAGAGAUUUUUGAUCAACAACUUGCUGAGGAAGCAGCUGAAGCUGUGGGAGAUGGAGCAAUGGCUUCAAUUGGAAAUGCUCGUCGAACCACCAAGGAUGGAAAAAGAAUUAAUACGACAGCAUCUAUCAAGCUGAAAGUUCAGGGAAAAGGCUACAAGGACAAAUGCUAUGAUCAAAUAAGAAAGACAGUAGAGGAACGGUUUAAUAGGCUUCUUACAGAGCUUGUUCAUGAGGAUCAUAAAGCUGCACUGGAGGAAGCUCGGGUGAUUGGAGAAGAGCUUGGAGAUAUCUAUGACUUUGUGGCUCCUUGUUUUCCUCCAAGAUAUGAAAUAUUUCAACUUAUGGUAAAUUUGUACACAGAGCGAUUUGUUCAGAUGCUUAGGUUGCUAAGCGACAAGGCAAAUGAACUUACAAACAUAGAGAUAUUGAAGGUAACCAGUUGGGUGGUAGACUAUCAACAAAAUCUGAUUGACCUUGGAGUGGAUGAUUCUUUAGCUCAAGUUUGCUCGGAAAGUGGUGCUAUGGAUCCUUUGAUGAAUGCUUAUGUUGAAAGAAUGCAAGCUACAACACGAAAAUGGUACUUAAAUAUCUUGGAGAAUGACAAGACACAACCCCCAAAGAGGACAGAAGAGGGUAAACUGUACACACCUGCUGCUGUCGAUCUGUUCAGAAUUCUUGGAGAACAAGUUCAAAUUGUCCGUGAUAAUAGCACGGAUGUCAUGCUGUAUAGGAUUGCAUUGGCUAUCAUACAGGUAAUGAAUGAUUUUCAAGCAGCUGAAAGGAAGAGACUUGAAGAACCUGCAUCAGAAAUUGGAUUAGAACCCUUGUGUGCUAUGAUUAAUAAUAAUCUUCGCUGUUAUGAUCUUGCCAUGGAGCUCAGCAACAGCACUCUAGAAGCUUUACCACAAAAUUAUGCUGAACAGGUCAAUUUUGAAGAUACUUGCAAAGGUUUUCUGGAGGUUGCGAAGGAAGGUGUGCAUCAAACUGUUACUGUUAUCUUUGAAGAUCCAGGAGUGCAAGAGUUGCUGGUCAAGCUCUAUCAAAAAGAAUGGAGCGAAGGGCAGGUGACAGAGUACCUGGUUGCCACAUUCGGGGAUUACUUCACCGACAUAAAAAUGUAUAUUGAGGAAAGAUCAUUCAGGAGAUUUGUUGAGGCCUGCCUAGAGGAGACUGUGGUGGUCUAUGUGGAUCACCUUUUGAUUCAGAAACACUACAUAAAGGAAGAAACUAUUGAGAGGAUGAGAUUGGAUGAAGAAGUAUUGAUGGAUUUCUUCAGGGAAUACAUCAGUGUUUCCAAGGUGGAAAACAGAGUUAGAAUACUCGGUGAUUUGCGGGAGCUUGCUUCAGCUGAGAGUCUUGACACGUUCACACUUGUCUACACGAAUAUAUUGGAACAUCAACCCGACUGUCCACCUGAUGUUGUAGAAAAGCUUGUGGGCUUGCGAGAAGGCAUACCAAAAAAGGAUGCUAAAGAGGUUGUGCAAGAGUGCAAAGAAAUCUAUGGUAACUCAUUUGUUGGUGGAAUUCCUCCUAAAGCUGGAUUUGUGUUCCCCAGAGUGAAGUGCCUGCAAGCAUCGUCAAAGGGAGGAUCCAUAUGGCGCAAACUUACCUAGGAAUAAUUUGCAUGGAAUGUUGAUUUGUUUGUUGAUAUAAGCAUCUAUUAUUCUAGAUCAUUUAGCUUUUUUUUAUAGUGAUUAUUCAUUUGUUUAUCUGUGUGAUGGCUCUUUUUUCCUUACCUCUAUGAUAAGACUGCAAUAUACUCUAUUCAACAUCUAUUUUACCAAGUUUAUUAUUAUAUGAAAAAGAAAAACAAGUUAUCGCC